AUGGCUCCCUUGGCCCCAAUUGCAGCCCGCUGCGCCCGUCGCGUGGCCGUCAAUGGCUUGUUGAAGCGGUCUUGCAUGCCGCGGCUAUACUCGACGGCGGGCAACACACAGCAGCAGCAACAGCAACAACACCAACCUUCAUACAAUAACCGUGUCAAAAUCGUCGAAGUCGGGCCCCGCGACGGCCUGCAGAACGAGAAAACCACAAUACCACUCGCCACAAAGAUUGAGCUCAUUGAGAGGCUGGCCAAGACGGGUUUGACCACCAUCGAGGCUGGGUCCUUUGUCGCGCCCAAAUGGGUUCCGCAGAUGGCCAACUCGAGCGAAAUCCUACAACACAUCCUCGUCAACGAGAUCCCUUCCCCGAACCCGGUGACCUACGCUUUCCUCGCCCCAAACACAAAGGGGCUCAACAACGCACUCUCGCUGCUGGAGGCCCAUCCAGGAUCCUACAGCACCGAGCCGAAGCCCUCAUCCCCGCCCGCCGUGGAGCUGGCCGUCUUCGCCGCGGCGACCGAGUCAUUCUCGCGCAAGAACCUCAACAUGGACGUGGCGAGCUCGCUGGCGGCGUUUGGCGAGGUCAUCAAGGGCGCCAAGAUUGCGGGCCUGAGGGUCAGGGCCUACAUCUCGGUCGUUCUGGGGUGUCCGUUUGAGGGCCACGACGUGGACCCUCACCGUGUCGCCGAGAUCGCGACCAGCCUGCUCGAGAUGGGCGCCGACGAAAUCGCGCUCGGCGAUACUACGGGCAUGGGCACGGCGCCCCGAACCCAGGCCCUGCUGAGGUGCAUCUCGGCCGCGGGAGUGCGGAGCGAGGAUGUCGCCAUGCACUUUCACGACACGUACGGCCAGGCUCUGGUCAACACGGCCGUUGCGCUCGAGCAUGGCGUGCGCACCUUUGAUUCUUCCGUGGGAGGUCUGGGUGGCUGCCCGUACAGCCCCGGGGCCACGGGCAACGUUGCCACCGAGGACAUGGUCUACUUCCUCGAGACGUUGGGGAUGGAUACCGGAGUGGAUCUGGAGGCCGUUGCGGAGAUCGGGUCUUGGAUCACCAAGGAGAUUGGGAAGCCGCACGACAGCAGCGUGGGCAAGGCGGUGCUCGGGGCCAGGUCUCGAGUCUAA